AUGAAAAAUGGAUGCCUAGGUGUUUUCCCAUUGCACAGCAAUCAUACAGAAGUCUACCUGUCGGAAUGUCUUAAUGCUGUGAUUGAUGAUUUUAAUUUAUCUAAAAAUAAAAUCAUGGCAAUCACCAGCGAUGGAGCUCCGAAUAUAGAUGCUGCCGUUCACAAUGUAGUGGGCCAGGAAAAGCAUAAUUUGGUGUUUCGCUCAUUUUCUAUCGCACCUAGUCCCGAAAAUGAGUUGAAAAGAUUGCAGAUCUGUGAUGGAAAGACGGAGGGAACAUCCUUAAAAUUCAUUAUCGAUGUUGCAACUCGCUGGAACUCUACUCUUUAUAUGCUGGAGAGAUUUCUCACUCUGGAACACUACGUUCAUGCAGUUAGUUUGAAAUGUAAGAGAUCAGACAUUCCAAACAUGCUGACGCGUGAUCAGACUGAAGUUCUCAAAGACCUUGUGCUUCUUAUGAAGCCAGUAGAGUGCAUUAUUAGAGAAAUUAGUGGGACUGCAACUGCUAUUGAGAAAAUCAACAAAGAGAUGAAGGUAUUUGAAAAUAAAAAAGAUGAGAUGACGACAAUACUCCAACAAGUUGAAGAGAAUCCAGAACAGUCAAAUCUUUGGAAAACUCAUGAUGAGUUGGUGGCAAGCCUGCACGGUGGCUGGCAGGGCUCCUCGCAAGUAAACUUGCACGAAAAAUCGCAUCGUGGGAAACUAGCUUAA